CCGUGAGCCUGUGUGAAUGCCACAUGCAAGCUAAUAUUAUAUUAGGACAAUAAGAACGCGACGCAUGCGGCUGUUUGUGUAUGUGAGAGUGGCGGCUUUGGGCGAGGGCAUGGACCACCCUUCCAACAGAGGGGAGAUGAUGUCCAUUGGGCUGCACGACAGGUAUUGUGCAAUAUCCCUUGUAGAUGAUGACGACCCUCACAUGAAAGUGUCCCUGGGGACGGGAGACAUGGGCGUGUCUGCACACCCGCAGGCCUCGAAGACUGGCAACACGAGGUUCUUCACAAGCAAUACGCAUAGCUCUGUGGUCCUACAGGGGUUCGACCAGCUGAGAUUAGAGGGGCUCCUCUGUGACGUGACCCUGGUGCCGGGCGACGGGGAUGAAGCCUUUCCGGUUCACCGGGCGAUGAUGGCCUCGUCCAGCGACUACUUCAAAGCCAUGUUUACAGGUGGAAUGAAGGAACAGGAUCUGAUGUGCAUUAAGCUUCACGGGGUUAACCGGGUAGGUCUGAAGAAGAUCAUCGACUUCAUCUACACGGCAAAGCUCUCCCUCAACAUGGAGAACCUGCAGGACACGCUGGAGGCCGCCAGCUUCCUCCAGAUCCUCCCGGUGUUGGACUUCUGCAAAGUCUUUCUCAUCUCCGGGGUCUCGCUGGACAACUGCGUGGAAGUGGGUCGCAUCGCCAACACGUACAACCUGACUGAGGUGGACAAGUAUGUCAACAACUUCAUCCUGAGGAACUUCCCGUCGUUGCUGGGCACCGGCGAGUUUGUCAAACUGCCCUUCGAGCGGCUUUCCUUCGUUCUCUCCAGCAACAGCCUGAAGCGCUGCGGCGAGCUGGAGCUGUUCAAGGCGGCGUGCCGCUGGCUGCGUCACGAGGACGGCCGCAUGGAGCAGGCGCCCCGGCUCAUGAAGAACAUCCGCUUCCCGCUGAUGAGCCCGCAGGAACUCAUCAACCACGUGCAGACAGUAGACUUCAUGCGCACGGACAACACCUGCGUCAACCUGCUGCUCGAGGCCAGUAACUACCAGAUGAUGCCGUACAUGCAGCCGGUGAUGCAGUCGGAGCGCACGGCCAUCCGCUCGGACAGCGCCCACCUGGUGACCCUGGGCGGCGUGCUGCGGCAACAGCUGGUGGUCAGCAAAGAGCUGCGGCUCUAUGACGAGAAGGCGCGGCAGUGGAAGUCACUGGCGCCCAUGGACGCACCGCGAUACCAGCAUGGCAUCGCAGUCAUCGGCAACUUCCUCUACGUGGUGGGCGGCCAGAGCAACUACGACACCAAGGGCAAGACGGCGGUGGACACGGUGUUCCGCUACGACCCGCGCUACAACCGCUGGAUCCAGGUGGCGUCUCUCAAUGAGAAGCGGACCUUCUUCCACCUGAGCGCGCUCAAGGGACAUCUGUACGCCGUGGGCGGCCGCAACGCCGCCGGUGAACUCGCUACUGUAGAGUGUUACAACCCCAGAACCAAUGAAUGGACGUACGUCGCAAAGAUGAACGAGCCACACUACGGUCACGCCGGCACUGUCUAUGGUGGCUUCAUGUACAUUUCAGGUGGAAUCACUCACGACACUUUCCAGAAGGAGCUGAUGUGCUUUGAUCCGGACGCAGACAAAUGGAGCCAGAAGGCCCCCAUGACCACGGUGCGGGGGCUGCACUGCAUGUGCACCGUGGCCGACCGGCUCUAUGUCAUCGGCGGCAACCACUUCCGGGGCACCAGCGACUACGACGACGUGCUGAGCUGCGAGUACUACUCACCCGCGCUGGACCUGUGGACGCCCAUCGCCGCCAUGCUGCGCGGGCAGAGCGACGUGGGCGUGGCCGUGUUCGAGAGCAAGAUCUACGUGGUGGGCGGCUACUCAUGGAACAACCGCUGCAUGGUGGAGAUCGUGCAGAAGUACGACCCCGAGAAGGACGAGUGGCACAAGGUGUUCGACCUGCCCGAGUCGCUGGGUGGCAUCCGCGCCUGCACCCUCACCGUCUUCCCCCCCGAGGACAACACGGGCUCGCCCUCCAGGGAGUCUCCCCUGUCAGCUCCGUGACGGGGGGGGGAGGGGGCGCGAGUGGAGGAGCGUCGUCGGAGUUACUGUUUUGCACUUCCUGUUUGGGAUUACCCCCAGCUCGGCGCCGGUAGGCACAGUUGCCGCAACGCCUUUCGCAGAGUGGAUUCCCGGCAGCCCAGGUGAAAGGCCGCCAUGUCUCACCCGGAGCCCACCUCCCCCUCCACGGGACGUUUCCUGAACUCUCUGUGUAUUGAGCCGGCCCACCCCCUUCCGUCCAGCCUAGCCCCUCCCCCCCCGGACCGUGUCCCUUCCCCCCCCACGGACUUAUUUGAACAUGGCUGCUACCCCGGGCUCUGGUUUUUACUCUGCUGGAAAUGACUCCCCGCACCACGGCACAGCCUCGUUCACAGGGUGCUCCUCCUGUACGUGCGUGUCGGCCAUGGGGGGGCGUGGUUCGGUCGCCCCGUUACACGUCCAUGCUGCCUAAUGUUGGGUUUUUUUGUUUUUUUUUUUGCCCCCCCUACCCCUGACUGGGACCCUUGAUGUUAUAGGACAGUCUAGUGGUGACUUUUCUAUGGCUGCCCAGGUUCCUGUUGUGAAUAAGUGGUUUGGGGAUGAGCUGGAUAUUGACAUGCUGUUUUUUUUUUUAUUAUUUCUUUAAAAAAAAAAAAAAAAAAAAA